UCCAAUCUAAUCCCCUCGGGUGCUGGACACGGAACAUUAUGGGAAUGUGGGCUCUGGUCCUAUCGAUAUAAUUACACGACAGUCACCAUGUUUGGUAUCUAAGUGAAUAUAGCCACACACAAGAGUCACAAUCCGCGACAUGGCACAUCCUAUACUACUGUUGAUCAACUUCCCUCUGCUGAUCUUUGGCGCUCUCGCGCUCAACUUGGAUCCAGUCGGACUGGUUUAUGCGCCAGCUUCUCUUGGCAAGCGACAGGUUACGUAUACGGGCGAUGCUGAAAGGCCAUACGGUGUGGAUGGCGAUACAUUCACGGAAUAUGAAUCAGCUGCCGCGAGAAGUUACAACAACAAAUUCAACUCUUGUCAGAAGACGGCCAAUGCGAACAAGUCAUCGGCCUUCACCCUUCAGGAUUGUCAGGAUCAAUUAAACAAUUGCAUGUCGACAAUAUCAUCUACGAGCGUAGCGCCACAAGCUGUUACCAUGGCCUCUGAAACGACAGCAAGCGCCUCGACAUCCGAUGAGAACAAUAUAGCUCCACAAUUCGCCCAGACCACAAUUCCGUACGACUCGGAGUUCGACCUUGUUUGCGAUCUUCCGGAAGGUGACAUUUAAUAUGCACCUAACCAAGGGAUGUAAUACGAUAUGUUCGAUAUUGAUGGAUUUAUGUACAUACAUACACUACUGCUCCAUAUAUCCCAUUCAUACAGGACAGCCUUGCAGCCUCAGGAAUGUAAUAUAACCCCAUCGGGACUGGUGCCAUGUGAUCCCGUGUUGGAGACGCGCUCGCGGAUCGACAAAUAGUUCCCAGCCCACCUCUUCUUACAUUACGAGAUGGCUGGGCGUUCGAGAACCCGGG